AGCAGUGUCGUUCCGACUGGAAAAAUCACUUGCAACAUGGCCGGUCCACGUCUCGCCAUUUUGACGCUCUUCGGAGUUGCUUUCCUCGGCUGCUCCGUCUCGGCGACCAUCCUAAUCCAGGGGAAGCACACCGACAACACCUGCACCAUUCGUGGCGACUGGAAAUACAUCAAGACAAUCGAUGAGACGAUCACAGAGGUUUUCCCCGAGAUAAACAACAGGGAUUCGUAUACCUUGGUCGAUAUCCGUAAAUCGCCAGUGGAAGUCCUGGAUCUCUUCACUCGCUACAACUACAAGGUGGCCAGCGCGAAUACUCUGAAUCAGGAUACCAUUUGGACGCUCCAAAAACGACGAGAAAAGUAGGAAUCUUGCAAAUAAACCGCGUCUGAGGCUCCCCAGCGGGAUUUUUCCCAGA